AUGCUCGGGAACUUUAUUCCCACCGGAUACAGCAUGGAGUCCCUGCCACCAGAAUUGAUCUCACAAGUGUUGGAUUUCAUCAUUCCUGCCACAGGUUCAAGAAGAUGGCCCGAGAUUAAAUUGGCCGGAUACGCCACCUUGAGCCGUCGCUGGCAGGCCUUCAUUGAGCCAUGCACAUUCUCCGAUAUCAGCAUCAACGACCCCAAGCGUUUGGAAGAGUUUCAACAAAUAAUAUCGAUUUCGCACAGAAGAUCAUAUGUCAAGAAGAUUUAUUUGCGCGUGAAGCUGGAGUCAUACGAUGAAGAAGCGCGCGCCCGAUUCGAGACAGACGAAGAACACCAACGAAACAACAAGAUCUUUAACUCGACUAUCAGCGCCUUGUUCAGAAUAUUAGCAGACUGGCCAAAAGAAGCUGGAAUUGAACUUGGCAUCUCGGCAUGGUGCCCCAGCGAUUACUGCGACAGGCAACGAAGACUGGCAGCUGCUAUGUGGCGGGGGAACGACCUUCUUGGUUGGAGAUAUGAAAAAUCCUACCUUGAGUUCUCUAGAACGACAACCGAUUCUGAGUGCCCACCUGUGCACGCAGUCACAUAUCUUUCAGUCGAAGGACUCAGAGAUGAACGGCCGAUCGAGCCAGCGUCGAGUGUGCUUAUUGCGUUAAAGCUACCGCAAUUGAACCGCGUGCAUCUGAUGAUGAAGGAUGAAUGGAGGCGGGACAAACAGACAAGACAACGACUUCGAAAUGAAUUUGCUCGUCAUCUUCACCUCCUCCCCGCUAGUGUACAGCACUUCCACCUCCAAUUUCAAUACAUAGCUCCAAGGGAUCAGAACUACCCUCCUCCCGACAUAACGAAGGACGGAACCCUUCUCAGCUCUCACUUACAGGAUCUCUCUCUGCGACUAGAGUUUCUCCACCUCGCCGGAUCAUGCGUCAUAAGUCCAGAACUUUUCUGGCCGUUGAAUCCGGACGAGAAUCUCCCCAACCUACCCUUCUGGCCACAUUUGAUGGAUGUUUUUGUGGAGUACAUAGAAGUCUCACCGUCUGGACAGUGGCUCCUUGAGCGGGACCCGAGAGAAACCCCAGACUCUCACUCGGAGGGGGAGUUAUCAGAUGAGGAGGAUAAUUAUCCGGAAAACGUCCGGGUCCCUAUUGAGCAUCGCAAGUUGAAAUUGUUUCGAUUCAUGAUCAUCGCGAGCCACGCUGAUAGAUUCUACACUGCGGCCGGCCGGGCGGCCAGUCGAAUGCCUAAGCUGAGACAGAUGUGUAUAGAGAAUAUAGACUGGCCACGAUACUCGCUGGAGUAUGAAGUGCGAGCGGGAACGGCGAAGCUCACCUGGAGGAAUGGUUAUAUUAGGGACGACCCACACGAAACAAAUAUGCUAGGAAGGGAAGAACAGUCCAAGCGCGUAUACCAGCCGGAUGAGGAAGUCUUUGAGCAAUGGAGGAAAGCUGCCCUCCAGCAUACGGGAAGAAUCUUGAGAUUG